UCCUGCCGUCUCCAGUCCAACUAACUGCUUAGUUCCUGGAUCACGUUAAAACGGACGCUGUAUCUUUAAGACGCCCGACUGUCUGCGGCGUUGUGGCUGAGAAACUGACGCCCUCCGACUGCAUCGUUAUUAUAGACGGCAGAGUUUCAUCCUGGACCUUGCGAGGAAAGCCGGCGGUGUUGGAUUUAAAGGGGAAACAGCCGUCAAUCAAACGAAGGAUUCGAACCAUUGUAACGGUGGACGGACAGACAGACAUACAGACAGACGGACAGAGUGUUGCUGUGUGUGUGUGGUGACAACCAGACCGCCAGGCGUGUGUGUACAGCCUACUAGCUGACCGUCAGGAUGAGGCCUGGCCAGCUGUAUGUUCUGGUCCCAGCCUCCGCUGCCCUCCUCCUCCUCCUGGUCCUAUCAGAACCGUCUCAGACCAGCGCCUGUAACAAGGCCCUCUGUGCCUCGGAUGUCAGCAAGUGUCUCAUACAGGAGCUGUGUCAGUGUCGUCCGUCCGAUGGGAACUGUUCAUGCUGUAAAGAGUGUAUGCUCUGUCUGGGGACACUGUGGGAGGAAUGCUGUGACUGUGUCGAUAACAUGUGUACGGUGGUCUACUUUGACGGCUGCGUAUCCAUCCGCCAGUGUAAACUAUACUGUGAGUCGAUGGGAGGGUCGAAGUACCGCUGGUUUCACAACGCCUGUUGUCAGUGCAUCGGCCCGGAGUGUCUGGACUACGGCAGCAAGGCUGUUAAGUGCAUGAACUGUUUGUUCUGAAGACUGACGGCUCCAUGGUGGUGGAGACUGGCACCAGAUAUACGGACCAAACCCAUGGGCGGCUCGAGAGAGGGGCUAGAUGAUGCGGAAGCCUCCUCAACAAUAGCCUAGCACACCCCAUUAGUAACCCCAAUAAAUAUUUUAUUAAUAUAUGAACGAAUUUACACCAUACAGUGCCUUCGGAAAGUAUUCAGACCCCUUCACUUUUUCCACAUUUUGUUACGUUACAGCCUUAUUCUAAAAUUAAUUAAAUCAUUUUUUCCUCCCAUCAUUCUACACACAAUACCCCAUAAUGACAUCACAAUACCCCAUAAUGACAAAGCGAAAAACAGGUUGUUAUACAUUUUUGCAAAAUAAUUAAAUAAAAAUACUUUAUUGACAUAAGUAUUCA